AGAGAGAUGCUGUGCAGGACGGUCCAGGCUGCAGUGCGCUUUCUGGGGCAGGGAGAGAGGCAGGUCAGACCUGCUGCAGCACUGAGGCUGCUCCACUCCUGUUCAGCGCUGGUGUAUAGACAGCACGGGCCUCACUAUGACACCCUCAGGAUGGAGAAAUGGGCCUUACCUGCAGUGGGUCAGCAUUGUGUCAGACUAAAGAUGCUGGCAGCACCAGUGAAUCCAGCAGACAUCAAUAUGCUCCAAGGGACUUAUCCAAUCCUGCCUCCAUUCCCUGCUGUUGGAGGAAAUGAAGGAGUCGGGGAGGUGGUUGAAGUUGGCAGCGAAGUAACUUGCUUUAGUCCAGGAGACUGGGUGAUCCCUGUGGAUGCAGGUUUUGGGACGUGGAGGACUGAGGUGGUGUGUGACGCAGCUGAUGUCAUCAAGGUCCCCAGUGACAUCACCCUGCUGGGUGCGGCCACCAUUGGGGUGAACCCCUGCACUGCUUACAGGAUGCUGCACGACUUUGAGCACCUGCGACCAGGGGACACUGUUAUUCAGAAUGGAGGCAACAGUGCAGUGGGACAAGCUGUCAUUCAGGUCGCUGCAAACAUGGGCGUAAGGACCAUCAAUGUCAUCAGAGACAGACCAAACCGACAGAACCUGGUGGAGGAGCUGAUGUCAAUGGGGGCUGAUUACGUUGUCACAGAAGAGGCUCUGCAGAGCUCAGAGAUGGAGGCAAUUUUCAAGAAAGUCCCGAAGCCAAAACUGGGCCUGAACUGUGUUGGGGGGCAAAGUGGAGGACUGCUCCUCUCCCACCUGGAUGAUGGGGCAACGCUAGUGACAUAUGGAGGAAUGGCAAAGAAACCCCUCUUACUUCCGGCCAAAGUCCUAAUAUUCAGAAACAUCACUCUGCGAGGAUUCUGGAUGACCCAGUGGAAAAGAAACACCCGUGGAGACCCACAUCGUCUGCAGUCCAUGGUGUCCUCUCUCUGUGACCUGGUGAGGGCGGGUCGUCUCUCUCCCCCACGAUGUGUCCCUGUCCCGUUCUGCCAGUACAGAGACGCCCUGGAGGGCACAGUGCAUGCCCAUCAAAGGAAGCAUGUCCUCGUCAUGUAG